AUGGCCGAUUUCCGAGGACGACACAGUCAUCAUCCAGGCUCAUCUAGUGGUACUGCUGGGUCUUUCAUGGACCCCGCUAUGGACAUUAUACAUGAUGUUUUUCCAUCUUGCCCAAGAUAUGAAGAAACAAAUUAUGAUACCACUAAUGACACCAUUGAUUAUGAAAAGUAUAACAGACUCCUAGCGCAAGCCCACACCACAUUGUACCCUGGGAGUGAUAAGACUGUUUUGGGUGUCAUCUUAUCACUGAUGCAAUUCAAAGUGAAGAACAGAUUGUCCAACACGGGUUUUGAUGAGACUUUGGCUCUUAUUACGGACAUGCUUCCUGUUGGAAAUAACCUUCUUGAUUGUUAUUAUAAGGUGCGCAGGAUACUAAACGACCUCGGCCUCGGUUAUAAGAAAAUUCAUGCCUGCAAGAAUAACUGCAUUUUGUUUUAUGGAGAUGAUAACAAAUUCCUUGAUAUAUGUCCCGUGUGCAAGGAAUCAAGAUAUAAACCAUAUCCUUCAUCGAAGGGGAAAAACGUUCCUUGGAAGGUGCUUCGUUAUUUCCCGUUAAUUCCUAGAUUGAAGCGUCUCUACAUGUCUUCACGCACUGCAAAGAAGAUGAGAUGGCAUGGGAGAAAGAGGACAGAUGAUGACACUCUCAGGCAUCCCGCAGAUGGCGAGGCUUGGAAAUCCUUUGACAGAUUGUUUCCCGAUUUUGCAGCAGACUUUCGAAAUGUAAGACUUGGACUUGCAACAGACGGGUUCAAUCCUUUUAAAAAUAUGAGCUUGUCACAUAGUACUUGGCCUGUUAUUGUUUUCCCGUAUGACCUGCCUCCUGAGAUGUGUAUGAAGAAGGAGUAUAAUAUGCUGACUUUGUUAAUUCCAGGUCCACAAUCUCCAGGAAAGUGUCUCGAUGUGUAUAUGAGACCAUUGAUUGAUGAGUUGAAUGAAUUAUGGGAAUAUAGAGUAUCCACUUUUGACAGGUAUAGUCAAACUUUCUUCAAGAUGAGAGCAGUAGUGAUGUGGACCAUUAACGAUUUUCCUGCUUACGGUAUGUUGUCGUCUCAUGUCACUAAAGGGUAUAAGGCUUGUCCAGUGUGCGGUGAUGACAUAUAUUCUAGUUGGCAUGCUGGAAAGGUAUGCUACUUGGGAAGCCGUCGAUCGCUUGAUGAGGAUCACGAAUGGCGACAAGAUGCAGAAAAUUUUGAUGGCUCACAAGAGUUUCUUUCGAAACCGCGGGAAUGGUCUGGUGAUCAAAUUUUAGAGUACUUGAAUGGUAUUGAUUUCGGACAGAAGAGCAGUGAUCCGAAAGUAGUUGCCAACAACCCAAAACAACCAGAUGAGAGCGGGAACCGGACGGGGAAAAGUAUAUUCUUUGAACUACCUUAUUGGUCGAAAUUGAGAAUUAGGCACAACCUAGAUGUCAUGCACAUAGAAAAGAAUGUAUGUGACAGUGUGUUGGGAACAAUUCUCAAUAUUAAGGAAAAGACUAAAGACACCAUCAAAGCGCGGUUGGAUCUUGAGCGUAUGAAAAUACGCCCGCAUUUAUGGCUAACACAAGAUGGAUCAACCCUGAAAAUGCCUCUUGCACCUUAUUGUGUUAAGCCCACUUUGAAGAAAAAUGUAUUCAGCUGGUUUCAUAGUGUUUCUUAUCCACAUGGGUAUGCAGGAAAUAUAUCUCGAUGUGUAAAAAUGGCAGAGAAUAAGAUACUUGGAUUGAAGAGUCAUGAUUGUCAUGUAUUGCUGCAACGUCUUCUACCGGUGGUUAUUCGACCCUAUUUGCAUCCUGAUGUGGUGGAGGUCUUAGUCGCUUUGUCGAGGUUCUUUCAGAAGUUAUGUACUAGAGAGCUUAAGAAGUCAGAUGUCCUUAGAAUGAAAGAAGAAAUUGUCUACAUUUUGUGCAAAAUGGAGAGGAUUUUCCCACCCGCUUUCUUUGACAUCAUGAUUCACCUCAUGAUUCAUCUUCCAGAACAAGUGCUGCUCUGCGGUCCUGUUCAUGACACAUGGAUGUUCCCAAUUGAAAGGUAG